AUGGUGAGCGGAUUUCGUUUCCAGCAGUUACAAAUUUCAACAAGAAUGAUGAAUGCUAGUCUACACGCUAGACUCCCCGAGAAAUUGGCUGCAAUGGAAGUACAAGAGGCAGAAGAAAGAAAAGCAAGAGGUCUUGUUCUUAUAUUUGAAGAGAGAGAGAGAUACUUUUUUUCCAGUAAAACCUCCCUAAAUGAAACUGUUUCUUAUUUUGUUGUUAUAUCAUUUCCAUUAGCUUUAAGUGGCACAGUCGAAGCACAGACUCCGUUUUUUACCACGGAAUCCCGUUACAACCUGGGAUACAUAGGCCGUGGAUACGAUUUGUUCAAAGGAAAUCCUCUCAGCGACGACGGAGUGGUGGAUCAAGGAUUUCGCCUCCCAGUAAUUGAUUUACCAUAUUCCAACAAGUUCACUGCAGACGGAAAUUAUCGAAUUCCAGACAAUGUUGAUGUAAUUGCAGAAACAAGUGCUAGGUUUGGGUCCUCAUUGUAUAAGGUGCAGUCGGAGUCGGACUACAAAAGCAUGUUGAGUGUAGAUGCUUCGGUUAACGCUCAUGGUAGUGGAUGGGGAGUCAGUGCCAGCUUCAGUGCAAGUACUUCUUAUCAAAAAAAUACGCAACAAAUUCAAAAAGGGGAGAAAACCACCUUAAGCAUCGUUAGCCGAGCUGUCGUAUAUAGAGCCCGGAUGUCUGAAACAUCCAAGAUAUCAAAGGUUUCUGAUUACUUUGAGAAAGCUAUUACGCUCCUCCCUAUGGAGAACUGUGAGGAUGAUUCACUGCAAGACAUGUACCUCAACUUUAUCCGGGAGUUUGGAACCCAUUACACCGUCGAGGUGGUCAUGGGAGCUAAGGCAGUACAACAACUAACAUUCUCCAGUUCUGAUUUGUCAAAACUAGAAUCGGAAGGAAUAUCUGCCAAGGUUGCUGUUCAGGCCUCAUACAGCGGUUUCGCUGCCUCGGCUGGUGGGGGCUUCAGUGUGGGCGUUGAUUCCAAAAAAGAUGCAAAACAACAAGUGAGUAACACCAACAAGGAACAAUAUGAGUACUAUAUUGGAGGAAACCCUCCAGCUGGAGAUUUCUCAGAAGGAAGUACGGAGAGUCUCAGAGAGUGGGCAAGAUCCGCCGAUGAGAAACCAGUGCCAAUUCAGUAUAAGAUGACGUCUAUUGAUACGCUGUUGAAACCUGGAUAUUUUAAUGACAUCACAUAUGGUUUGUUUGAACGACGCCGAUGUUUGCGUAAAGCCCUGUAUACCUAUUGUACCCAGACGGUGUCCCCCUCCCUUUGUAACCCACCUGACGAUUCCUACAUAUCACAGGGGACACGACGUAAAAGACAAGCCACUGACGUCACCAAUGCUAUCGAUGUUAUUAAGUUUGGUGAUUUUUUCACUGUUGAGAAUAUUAAGACGAGGAAAUUUUUAGCGUUGUCCAAUUCGACGGGCUACCUAAACGGAGUCGUUACCAAACCCUUGGUACCAGUUGAUAGCAUUACAAAUUAUGACGGACUUUUUCAAAUAAAAUCGAUUGAAGGGGAUUCUACAACAUUGGGAACUCCGUUGGCGUAUGGUCAGAGUUUCAAACUCGCCUCCUUGGAGGGAGAAGAUAUGUUCAUCGGAAGACAGUUCAUUAAAGAUGUCAGUGAAGCUUCAGAGAGUAAACUUGAAACUGCGUUUGAAGGAAAAGAUCAAAGAAAAUUUAUGGCAAGCGGAGAUCUCACAGACUUUUCUAUAUUCUUAAAAGCAGACAAAGAGCGACCAUUUUUGGUAAGCUUGAAACUAAAGUGCAUUAGACCAUCAUCAUUACAAUACCAAGUAAAUAUAGAGGGAACAGAAAGAACAGCCAAGUUUGACAUGAAAAAUAAUUGCCAGCCUCGACUGAAUGGAAGAUGGUCUCAUAGUGCCUUUACUGAUAAGGGGAUUGGAGCGAUACAGAGUGUUACUUUCAUGGGAACAGAAGGAUUGGAAGCUAUCACUGGUUUUCAGAUUCGAACCAGCGAUAAUCGUGAAAUCUUCAAAUACAAGCAAGAGGGAUUAAACAUAACGGGAUAUGAAAAAACAAUUCAAAUGAACACACCAGAAACUAUGCCAGUCGGUCAAGAAAUUGACAUAUACCCAGCCCAGUUUUCAUUCCGUAGUAAGAAUCACCCAGCCGGAAGUAUCGUCAGACGUCAGGACAUUGUAUUUGUAGAGGUGGUUUCUGCUAUUGAUAGAAAGAAGUUUUGGGGUAAACCAGUGUCGCAUCUGCUGUCCAAUAAAAACCAAUUGAUCACUAUAGAAGAAAAAGAACCUGCACCACACAAGAUAAAAUCAGACUGCAAUGGUAUCAUUUUCCCUGACAAUAACAGACUUGGCGUGAGAAUCAAUCUGAAUAACAGUUACUUUGUAUCUUUUGCUGUAGAUGUUAUGAUUACUAACAUUGUAAUCAGGACCAAAAUUGAAUUCCAAGCAAAUAACUUUAGAGUAGAAUAUAUCAGUAGAAACAGUUCAAGUUUUCAACAACUGCAGGACAUUAUUCGAGAUCCCAAUAGAGGAAGCACAAAGGCUAUUAACAUUACGUUCCCAAAAAUGUACUUAUCUGCCAUUAAAGUAUUUGUAGGGGAUGUUGCAGCUUUUGCACAAAAUGUUGAAAGCAUCCUAAUACGAGGUUGCCCCAGUGCUCUUUUGGAAGAGAAGUCACAGGAUACCUAUGCCGAGGAAUGGGAGCUAAGACGCAGCGAGAACCAACUCCAGAGGUAUCCAUUCCUAAGAGUUGUUACAGCGCAACAAAAUGGAUCUAAUUUUGAUAGAAUUUUUGAGGAAAUGGAAAAACCAUUCCUCAAGGUGAAUUACAGAAAAGAUAUAAUUAUUAAUCCAAAUGCAAGAAGAUGCAGAGUGGACGAGGGAUAUAUCCAAAAUUAUCUGAUGACCUCUGACGAAGUUGAAGGGCUGAAGUUUCAGAAUACUCGGAUAUCCUCUUCACUAAGCUCCAUAACUAUCAUAACUGAUGUGAUGGCCAUGAAUAAGAUAAUGUACGAGCAGAAUAUGCCAGCAUUAGAUAGCUUGCUUCUCAUGUCCGUUCAACGAUAUCCUUGUGAUUUGCAACAGGCGCCUGUUUUCGCUACCCAGCAGUCUCUAAAAGAAAAAUCAAGUAUAUCAACUGCAGGCGUUAUAUCCAUUACUGUUCUUGCGAUUUUAGUUCUGAUUGCUUCUUUGGCUAUAUUUGUUAUAUUUGGAGUAAUGCGACGCCGAAUAGUAAAGAGGGAUACGUCCGUACAUGUGCGUCAAAUUAACGACGAAAGCGUAUUUGAAAACGAUGACAGAAAGGACGAGGCUCCACAACAGGUAUAUACAAACAGAGGAUAUGAGGACGAAGAAGCAAACACUGUGCCUUCCUUCUAUGACCAGUGAAAGGAGAAUGACAUAAAAUUCUACCUUGCUGCACAGGUUGCAGAUUUCGAAUCUAGAUAUGAAAAUUUUAUUUUUUAGUUUAAAUUUCUAUCGUUUUAUGAAAUGUUUAUGUAAAACUCAAAACAUUAACUUUGAAUGGGAUUUUCAAUAUCAAUUAUGUGUAGAGAUAAUGAAUUGUUAUGUGUUUUGGCAGUUUUUAAA